AUGUUAGAUCCUGUAGCAGUGGAACUGUGUCCAGAACAAAUAGGAAAUGGUGCUACAUCACGUGUCUUCAAAGGCAAGUUCUGCGAAUCCGGAAAAGUUGUUAGGGAAGUAGCAUGCAAAGAAUUCAUGGUUUCUAUCACGCCAAAGCAUAAGAUUAGGUUAAUGAAAGAAAUAAGAUGUUUAAAGCUACUCCGCCAUCCUAACAUACUAUCACAUUUCGGAGUUGAUUUCAAUCGCUCGCUGCUUGUAACCGCACUGCUCGAAAAAAAAAUUGAAAUUGAUGGAGCAGUAAUAAACAUUCAUAAUGCUAGAGAGUUAUUGGAUACGCAUGAGUUUAAGACUAUUUCGUGGUCGACACGUAUAAAAAUCAUGCAUGGGGUCACAUCCGGACUUUCAUUUCUGCAUGCCAAAAACAUUGUUCAUUGCGAUUUAAAGGCUGCAAAUGUAUUCGUCGGCGACGAUGGAGAGGAUGGUUUGUUGGUCAAACUUGGUGACUUUGGGACAGCAUUGUUUGAUUUUGCACAAUUCUCAGUUUCAGUAAUGCCAGCUGCAACAAACACCGAUAACUCUGUUAUGUGCACAGCUGCAUAUACCGCUCCAGAACUACUCGAGAGGGGUGCAAAACCGUCGUUUGAGAGUGAUGUCUACAGCCUCGCCAUGGUCAUGAUCGAAUUCUCUUUGCCAAGUCGUUCAACUCCUUGGGAAGGAGAGGUGGCGAAUUCUUCCAUUAUCUCUGAUUUUGUACGUAGAGGAGAACGACCAUCUGUUUCAAUAGAAGAUCUCUCUGGGUUGAAGUCUGAAAUGGCAUCGCAGUGGAUAAGACUACUUCGUGAAUGCUGGGAGCAAAAUCCAACAAAGAGACCUACCAGUGCAGAAGCGGCUUCGAAAAUGUCAUCCCUUUAUAGUGAAGAAUUUAGUGUCAAAUACAAAAGCUUCCAGGAAUGGAAAAUCCAAAAUCAAGACGUACUCUUCAUUUCUUUGAACACUCACCAAGGAAUGACCAUUGAAGUAGUGGAUGAAUUAGUAUGUGGUUUCGCUUCAAAAAAUGAGACAAUGUCAUCAGAAUUAAAUCUAGAUUUGACUGAGAACCUUUAUCAAAACGACGGAAGCAACGCAUGUGUGUACCUAUGUUCAAAAAUUGCGGACGAGCUUAUAGACUCUUCUCUUUUGUGUGGCCAGGACAACCAUAUCAUCGUUAAACGUGUUUCGGAGGACACAAUACGGAAACUGCCAAAACGCAUCAAUUCUUCACGGUCGAUUAGGGAAUUAACAGAUGUCGAUCAAGCAAUCCAAGUGAUGAACCAGAAUGAGGUGAUUUGCAACAAGUACAAUACGACGGAAUUGUUGGAAAAACAGUCCUCUAAGACACUUCACGAAAAACAUUGUUACUUAAAGAGAGCUCUUACUUGUUUAGAACAAUCAGUUAACACCGACGGAAAGGCGUUCGCGAUCUAUUUGUGCAGGCCAUUAGCUAUUCUAGUAGGAGUACUACGUUCGUCUUUUAUAAUAGUGGACACUCAUAAGGUACCCGAAGAGGCUGGCGGUACACAAUAUGGCUUAAUAGUACAGUUCACUUUUGAUACCGAUAAAAAAGAGACGGUUAUAGAUAACAUAGUGGAGUGGAUAUCCAUUAGGAUGAGAGCUUCAAUUCAAAACUAUUCCACAAGUUUGCAUUCGUUAGUUCUCCUUCAAGUAAUUAAAAAAUCGGGAACUGACAUUUUCGAGUUCGACAUUUCAGAUGUAGACGAUGAAGAGCUUUUAAACGCCAGCCUGGAAGCUGAAAGAAACGAAGGUUAUCUUCCCUCCGUCGUAAAUGAUCAUUCUGAGCAGCAGCAAGUAUCAGGUCAGUGCUUUGAAGUUGAUGAACCUACGAUGAAAUGUUUAAAUGCAAGCGUGGAUAUAAAAGGAAGUGAAUGUUCGCCUUCACCAAAGUUAAACAUUGGAAAAAAUCAUAUUGGAGAGCAAUCAGAAAUCCAACAAAUAUCUUCACCAAGUGAGAACAUAACAGUUAACGAUAAAGAUAAUACAAUUCACUUAACUAAUUACAUCCUUCCUAAAGAUUUACCUGAUGUCAAACACGACGAUUCAAUUGUUUGGAAGGGGCAUUUGACUAGAUUUGGCCUAAAUUCAUUGAACGAUUUUCAGAUGUAUGCCAUUCAAAGUGUUCAACUCGGUCGAGAUACGAUAGUUGUGCAAGCAACUGGAAGUGGCAAGAGUUUGUGUUUUCAGUUGCCUUCUCUUUUCGAUCGCCAAAAAUUUGUUGUUGUAGUGACCCCAACUAUAUCAUUGAUAAAUUCACAAAUUGAGGAAUUGAAGAAACUAAACAUAGAUGCAAUCGCUUUAGGAAGAUCAGCAGGACAAGAUGCACAGCGUAAUGAUGACAGGUUGUUUUACAACAAUGGCACAAGUCCUCUUCCAUCACUUGUGUUCAUGACACCUGAGCAUUUUGUCAAUCGCGUUUGCUACAGUCUGGAAGAAAACAAAGAAAGCAUCAAGUUAUUAGUCUUAGAUGAGGUGCACAAAAUGUUUGAUAGGAACUCCAAUUUUCGUUCGUGCUAUGAUUUUUUCAAGGGAAUUAAAGAAAGGUUUCCUUGUGUACCAGUAAUGGCCCUAACUGCCACCUUAAGUAAGGGUCAGUUGCAAAGCUUGUGCGUUGACUAUUUACGAAAUCCCGUCCUUAUUAAGAGUUCUAUUAAUCGCAGCAACAUCAAAUUAAACAUCAAAUCAUAUGUUCACACAAAAAAGAGUAAGUCAAGCGCAGAUGGAAACUCAAGUUCGAAGGAAGGAAUUUGGUGUGCAUGUGCAACAGAUAUAAAGAACAUAACUGGUGAUGAAUAUGCGAUAGUCUUUAUGGAUUUUCGUAGUGAUGUUGAACUGAUGACUUCGUCAUUGAGGUUGCAAAUAGGAGAAGAAAACGUGAAACCAUAUUACGGAAGCGGAAUGACCCAUGAUGUGAAAAAGAAGAAUGAUACUGAUUUCAGGGCAAAGGAGUUCCAAGUCUUGGUAGCCACGGAGUCGUACGAGGUUGGCACACAUAACCCACAUGUGGACAAUAUUUUCAGGGUAGGUUGCAUGCGGAAUCUUAGUGUUAUCAUCCAAGAAUUUGGCAGAGCAGGAAGGAGUGGUAACAGCGCUGAUGGCUUUCUUCUUAUUAACGAAUCGAAAGACGACCAACGUUUGGCUUUUGGACUAAAUGCUGUACAAAGAAUGAAGAGGAACUCUUAA